AUGGCGUCCAAUACCGAGGGCCAUAAAGACCACUGGUCGGAGGAAGCAUACAGUGCCUCUGCAUCCUUCGUGCACUCCGCGAAAAUCACCGGCAAACUCCUCUCCUCUCUGGACCCCAAGCCAACAGACAAAGUCCUUGAUGUAGGCUGUGGCGAUGGAAAAUUCACAGCGAAUUUCCUUCCCGCCAUAGAAUCCGUCUUGGGCAUUGACUCAUCCGCAUCUAUGAUCGAGUCAGCGAACAAAGACUUCGCAAGUCAUAAGGCCAGCUUCCGCGUCGUGGAUUGCCGGUACUUGGAGAAAGAAACCUCCAUUGUGAAUGGAUCAUGGGAUAAAGUGAUCUCCAACGCAGCCCUCCACUGGAUCUUACGCGAUGAGUCGACACGCAUGUCGACCCUUCGCGCAAUCCACGACUGCCUAAAGCCGGGAGGCACAUAUGUGUUUGAAAUGGGCGGACAUGGUAACGUCGCCGAGGUCAAGACGGCCCUUAUCUGCGCACUGGUGCAGCAUGGUAUCCCUGUUGAACAAGCGAGAGAGACAAGCCCUUGGUUCUUCCCGUCUGAUAAAUGGAUGAGAGACGCUCUGGAGGAGACUGGGUUCAAGGUUGAGAAUGUCGAGCUCGAGUACCGCCCGACAAAGCUCACUACUGACGCUAAGGGUGGUUUGGCGGGAUGGGUUAGACUGAUGGGAGCCCAGUUCUUAGAGGUGCUUCCGGAGGAAAAGCGGGAUGCUGCAGUGCGACAGAUUUGCGACGUGCUCCAGGACGUUGUUACCCGUGGCGAAGAUGGGAGCCAGUGGCUGGGAUAUGUGCGGUUGAGGGGUAUUGCGAAGAAGUUCUAA